UGGCCCAAGCCAUUUUGGCUCAAGUAGCAAGCUGUGGUUCAACCGUGGCUUCAGAAAGUAGGGAUGACGCUGGCCAUGUUGACACCUUGCAAUUCGGAAGAUACCACUGUCAUUCUAAUUGUCACUGGUCUGGUGGGCCUUGUGUUGACUUUUGGUGGCUACCUCAUCUACCAUUUCGCAAUCGGGCUGUUUGGCUUCUUCGUCGGAUUUCUGGCCGAGGCUGCAGUUGGGUCCCUCUGGUUGGGGAAGAGCUUGUUUCAGGUGAGUCACGCAGGAGGCUCUGAAUCUGAGCUCCUGCAGACACUGACCAGCUCUGACGACUCGGACUCUCGUGUCAAAAUGAAGGUGAUUGUGCUUGCCUGUUGUCUCAUCUGGGGCAUGAUCGCAGCUGUGACUUUCCAAAAGCUCUCCUCGACGAUCAACAAGCUGUUGGGUUACGCGUUGGGAGCAGCACUGGGAGUGGGUACUGUGGCGCUCUUAAUCCAUGCGGUCAACGAGCCCAUCAAUGAGGCAGCUGGGCCUGCCUAUGCAGGGUGGGAGUCGUUUGCAACUAUAUCUCUGGGUGUGCCCACCGCGCUCGUCACGGGAUACCUUGCAAGGAAUUCCAUCAAGUACUGCAUCAUGUUGGCCACGGCCUUUGGUGGGGCAGCGAUUGUCGUCGGCACCUCGAUGCGAGCUCUGGAGUGCGCCGAUGUCGAACUGGGUGCGGUCUCAAAACCAAUCGGGAAUGCACUGAUAGUUGCUGGUCUGGCCACCCUCGGCUUCGCAGUCCAGCUGAAAGUUCAGCCGAAGGCGGUCCGCGAGCACGACGGGCUCCCGGCCGCCAACUGCGCCUAGGUCGCACAUGCGAUCGAUGUGCCAUUUGCUGCUGCUUGCCCUGAAUAGACGGCUGUGCUCGCCUGGCUGUCCUGCCAGCCGUCUUUGAAUUCACCAGAUGUGAUUACCGCAAUGGCGCGUUACAUCACUAUUUACUUGUAUGAGCCUCGAUGAAUUGUCUGAUUGGCCUCGAUGGUCCAGAACACAGCCUACCGAGGCUUGCGAUGUACUGGAAUGCCGUGCUACUUCACGGUUGCUUCUUCAGCCGUUUCCUCCUCGCCAUCUUCCUCAGCCUCUUCAGCGUCUUCUUAUUCUUCCUCCUCCUCCUCCUCGUCCUCC